CUGUCUCCCUCUGCAGGCAUCUCCCUCCCCUCCACUGAGGUCUAGUUAAUUAUAACUCUGACCUAAGUGCCCUUUGACGCCAUACCAGGGCCAGCGCCGCCUAGGAGACCAGCAAGCAGGAGCACACCUCAGCCAUGCCCUCUGUGGAGGUGCCUCUGUUCUCCCUGGACCCCUCAGCUCUGCUUCUGCUGCAGCUGCUACUGCCACCCACAUCUGCCUUCUUCCCCAACAUCUGGAGCCUCUUGGCUGCCCCUGGCUCCAUCACCCACCAAGACCUGACCGAGGAGGCAGCCCUCAACACCACCCUGCAGCUCCUCCUGGAGCACCCUCCCCCGGCCGGUCGGCUGCCUCUUCGUGUAGAAGACUUUCUGGGUGGAACCCUCCUUGCUGAUGACCUCUUUGCAGCCUACUUUGGACCUGGGUCUCCUUCCCGGCGGUUCCGAGCAGCCUUAGGUGAGGUGUCACGUGCCAAUGCAGCCCAGGACUUCCUGCCAGCUUCCAGGAACAACCCUGACCUGCACUUUGAUGCUGAACGCCUGGUCCAGGGGCGCAUUCACCUGGUGGGGGCUCUACAUGACACCCUGGUGGCAGCCAGAGCCAGUGACUACACACUGGCCCGCCAACGCCUGGGGGCUGCACUUCAUGCCUUGCAGGAUUUUUAUAGUCACAGCAACUGGGUGGAACUAGGGGAGCAGCAGCCACACCCUCACCUCCUCUGGCCAAGGCAGGAGCUCUGGAGCCUGGCACAAGCAGAAGAGGCUACCUGCUCCGACUGUGAGGAGCUGAGCUGUACUGGCAACAUGCUGGACUUUGUGCUCCUUACCUCAGGCUACUUUGGAACUCAUCCCCCAAAACCUCCAGGGAAAUGUAGCCAUGGGGGUCAUUUUGACCAGAGCAGUUCCCAGCUACCUCGGGGAGGCAUUAACAAAGACAGCAUGUCGCCACGCUUCUCCCCUCACCACAUGCUGCACCGCCAGGCUGCAGAAAUAGCCCGCCUAGCCUCCAUAGAGGCUUUUGGCCUCCUGCGGAGCCGCCUGGGAGACAGCAGUUUCUCCAGGCUACUGGACAUCACCCCAGCCUCCAGCCUGAGCUUUGUCCUGGACACCACGGGCAGCAUGGGAGAGGAGAUCAAUGCUGCCAAAAUCCAGGCCCGCCACAUCAUGGAGCAGCGGCGGGGCAGCCCCAUGGAGCCCGUCUACUACAUCCUGGUGCCUUUCCAUGACCCAGGUUUUGGUCCUGUCUUUAAAACCAGUGAUCCGGACAACUUUUGGCAGCAACUUAAUGAGAUCCAUGCUUUAGGGGGUGGAGAUGAGCCUGAGAUGUGCCUGUCUGCCCUGGAGCUAGCCCUGCUGCACACACCUCCCCUCUCAGAUAUCUUUGUCUUCACCGAUGCCUCCCCCAAGGAUGCCUUUCUCACCAACAGGGUGGAAUCCCUGAGUCAGGAGCGGCGCUGCAGGGUAACAUUCCUGGUGACUGAAGACCCAUCGAGGGUUCAGGGUCGAGCUCGGCGCGAGGUCUUGUCUCCGCUGCGUUUUGAGCCUUAUGAAGCAGUGGCCCGGGCAUCAGGUGGAGAGGUGAUCUUCACCAAGGACCAGCACAUUCGGGAUGUGGCUGCCAUCAUUGGGGAGAGCAUGGCUGGUCUGGUGACUCUUCCCCUGGAACCUCCUGCCAUUGUGCCUGGGAGGCCAUGUGUGUUCACUGUGGACCGCCUGCUCCAGAAUGUCAUAGUCCGGCUGCACGGGGACAUCAGCAGUUUCUGGGUCAAGAGCCCCACAGGGCUAUCCCAGGGCCACGAGGAAGGCAUGGGUCCUUUGGGCCACACUCACCGCUCUGGGCAGUUCUGGAUGGUGACCAUGACUGACCCCCCUCCAAUAGGGAUGUGGGAGAUCCACAUAAUAGCUGAAGGGAGCCCUCGGGUGAGAGUACAAGCACAGACCUCCCUGGACUUCCUGGUCUACUUUGGAGUCCCCUUGGAGAAUGGCCCACACCCUGGCCUCUAUCCGCUAGCUCAGCCCGUUGCAGGUCUCCAGACUCAGUUACUCGUGGAAGUGACAGGGCUGGUCUCUGGAGAUCCCCAGCUGCAUUUCUCCCACGUUGUCUUUCGAAGGGUCCCAGAGGGCACCCAGCUUGGUCAGGUACCCUUGGAGCCCGUGGGACCCCCAGAGCGACAUCUCCUUGCUGCCUCACUGCCACCCACACUACUGUCCACCUCGGCCCCCUUUUCCCUGGAGCUGAUUGGCCAGGAUGCAGAGGGACGUGACCUGCACAGGGCUGCCCCUCAGCCUUGCACUGUGGCCCCUGUGCUCCUGGAGCUCAGUGGCCCCCCAGGUUUCUUGGCCCCAGGAAGCAAGGCCCCACUCAGCCUCCAGAUCACCAGCUUCUUGGGCCCUCAGGAUCUCCAUCUUAGGACAUCUCUCCAUCCCAGCUUCCCACUCACCUCCAACCUCUCCAGAGCUCGCCUGGGACUGAAUGAGUCGGCCUGGGGGUGCCUGUGGCUGGAGGUUCCAGACUCAGCAGCCCCAGACUCUGUAGUGAUGGUGACAGUGACCGUUGUGAGUCGAGGAACUGGCCCAGUGGCCCUGACCCAUGCCUUCCUCCGGCUCCUGGUGGCGGCUCAGACCUCGCAGGACCAGCUCAGAGACGCAGCAGCCUCGCAGGAUGAGUUCGUGGCCCCUGCCUACUCAGCUGGUCCUGUACCUACUCCAGCCGCCCCUGCCUUUCAUCCCUCCACUUUGGUGACUCAUGGCAGGGCUGAGGGAGUGACAGGAGACAAGGCCUGGUGGCGCACAGUUGCAGGGGUUCUGUUCCUGCUAGGCUUGGCCUUCUGGUAACACAACAGACCUAGAGAGAUGUGUGCAGCAGCAGUUUCCACGUGCCCCAGGGAUGGGAUAAUCACCUGGCUGUGGGAUAGGGAUUCUCCUGCUGACUACAUAGUGAAUGCCAGGUCAACCUGGGCCAGACUGGGACUCUAUGCCAAAGAUACGGAGAGAGAUUAGGAGCUGGGAAGAUGGUUUAGCAGUUAAAGGGGCUUGCUUGCAAAGCUUGUCUGUCCGAUUCAUUCCCAACCCACCCAUGUCAGCUGGUCACAAAAAGUGCUACAAGCAUCUGGCGUACAUUUGCAACAGGAGGAGGUGCUGGCAUGCUGCACAUGUACUCACACUCACACGUAAAUAACAUUUUUUUAAAUGAGAGCCUGGCCAGGUAUGGUGGUGCAUGCUUGUACUCCCAGUAUUUGGUAUACUGAAGCAGGAGGCUUGCUGUUAGUUGAGGGCCAGACUGGGUUAUGAGACUGGAUCUCAAAUAGUCAAAACAAAACAUACAAUAAGAAAUCUCCAGCGACUAAGACCAAUGGUAAUAAGAUUUUCCACAGUGUACUUCCCUUAACCUGUAUGGGAAACAAACUAAAAUAUUUCAGAGAAAGUUGACUUCUAUUUCUCCAGGUUUUUUAAAAAAUAUUUUUUUAAUUAAGAGCAAUUGGGAAAGAAAUGGCAUGCCAGGGCCUUCAGCCACUGCAAAUGAACUCCAGAAGCCUAUGUACUACCUUGUGCAGGUACUGAGGAAUUGAACCUGGGUCCUUGGGCUUCACAGACAAGUGCCUUAAUUGCUAAGCCAUCUCUCCAGCCCUUCCAGAUUUUUUAAAUUUUCCUUGUGUGCAUGGGGCAGGAGGGGUUCCGCAUUAGACACUUGAGCCACUUCUUUUUUUGUUUGUUAAUUUUUAUUUAUUUGAGAGUGACAGACAGAGAGAGAAAGAGGCAAAGAGACAGAAUGGGCACA